CGUUGAUUGCCGAUAUGUGACCAGGGCUUUUUCGGCCUUUCAAGCAGCAAACUUUCUUUUUACAUCCCUAAUCAACCUCCAAUGACAGCUCAGUAGCCUCUGAUCCUUGUCAACUCAGCUAUCGCGGUAGAAGACACAGUAUAUUGGAUUUCCCGAGCUGGGAUGCCAAGGCUACCCACAUCUCUAGUACUCCAGGCUUAUCGAGAAAACCCUCUACUACCAAUCCUUUUAAAGGAAUGCCGAACGCUCCAAUAUGCUCGGAACGAACUCCGAUGGCUUCGUGAAAGUGCCAUUGCAAGAUGCGGCCUCCAAAAGCGUCCCUUUACUUUAAAUCGGGGACAUGACAGCAGCAUAUGGCGGCGAAAGCUCAAACAGAUGUGUGCACAUCGAGGCAAGGGGAAACCGCUUCAAUACAUUCUAGGCAACCAACCCUUCGGCGAUUUAGAGAUCCUUUGCGAGAAGGGUGUUCUCAUACCACGGACAGAAACAGAACUGUAUACUUUCCAUACCAAAGAUUUGGUACUCAAAGGGUUGCGUGUAGGAGAAUUCGAACGCAAUUGCAUUCAUGUUCUAGAUAUAUGCAGCGGAAGUGGUUGUAUUUCGCUUUUGCUACACUCUCUUCUUGCUCCUCAUGUCGAACACUUGACAAUAAUUGGUGUUGAUAUCAGUCCACAAGCUAUAAACCUCGCUGUCAGAAAUAAGAAACAUAAUCUCAGCCGCGGUAUAUUGACUUCUCGGGCUGGGAGGGAUGUUAUAUUCGAGCAAUUUGAUAUCCUUGAUAACCAGAAAGGUCAUAUUCCUCCACUGGUGGAUAACCUAAAGAAUAUCCUUGCGACAAGACGGUCCGCAAAUACGGAUUCAGAUAGUUGCCGCUCUACCUGGGAUGUUCUUAUAUCCAAUCCUCCUUACAUCUCUCCAUCUAACAUGAUUGACGGCACAACAUCUCGCAGUGUGCGUAAGUAUGAACCAAUACAGGCACUGGUGCCGCCUCCAGGCAACCCCCUGGCAUGUGAAUGGUCAGGUCUUGGAGCCAUAUGCCAGGAGGACACAUUUUAUCCCCAUCUGUUAUUGUUGGCAUUAAAGUUGGAUGUGAAGCUCGUGGUCCUCGAGUGCGGUGAUGCGGCACAGGCCCAGCGAGUAGUAAAGAUGGCACGGGCUAUAUUUAUCAUCAGCGAGACAGCAGAAAGGAGGGUAUCAGUUGAUAUUUACAAUGAGAGUGAGAUGGCUAAUGACUACGAUGGCGGGGCUCGGGCGGUUGUAGUGAAAACAUUUUGAUUGAUCUGAGAGUGCUCAAUGAGAAGGAUCAGGCAAUAACUAAUAUUAUUGGUAUCAACUAUCGAGAAAACUAAGUAUGGAAAGAAAAUCUAGACUAAAUGAGGAUGUCGUGAGAACUUGGUUCAACGGCUAGACCAC